GGCAUCUCCGCCGGGCGCUCCCCGCGCGCUCCCGUUCCCGGGACUGAGGCGUCGGACGAAGCCGGCCGUGUCGCGCAUAGCUGCUUCUCGUCUGCGCGCGCCUGGGAAGCCUGGAGACAGCAUUGAAUGAAAAACCCAUGCUUAAGGGGUGACAAUGGCAGGCUUCCUGGAUAAUUUCCGUUGGCCAGAAUGUGAGUGUGUUGACUGGAGUGAAAGAAGAAAUGCAGUGGCUUCCGUGGUAGCAGGCAUACUGUUUUUUACAGGCUGGUGGAUCAUGAUUGACGCAGCCGUGGUGUAUCCUAAGCCGGAGCAGCUCAACCACGCCUUCCACACAUGUGGUGUGUUUUCCACAUUGGCUUUCUUCAUGAUAAACGCUGUGUCAAACGCUCAGGUGAGAGGUGACAGCUAUGAAAGCGGCUGCUUAGGAAGAACAGGUGCUCGAGUUUGGCUUUUCAUUGGUUUCAUGUUGAUGUUUGGGUCACUUAUUGCUUCCAUGUGGAUCCUUUUUGGUGCAUAUGUUACCCAAAAUACGGAUGUGUAUCCAGGACUAGCUGUGUUUUUUCAAAAUGCACUUAUAUUUUUUAGCACUCUGAUCUACAAGUUUGGAAGAACUGAGGAGCUAUGGACCUGAGAUCGUUUCUUAAGCCACAGUUCCUUUUUGUUACAUUCUGUUUGUAGAGAACUUUUGAUCUCUCAGCAUAAUUCACACAUUGCCAGAUGGAAUACAUUGUACAUUGUUUCUUUACAUUUUUAUGCUCUGAGUUUUAAUAUAGUUUUAUGAAAUUUCUGUUUUUAUUUUUUUCCAUUGACUAGAUUGUUAAUAUGUAUGUAAUACAGGACUAUGUAUAUUGGACCAUGAGUAUCAGCUUUUUACUCCUGAAGACUUAGAGCUGGAUCUCUUCCCUGAGCCAGGGCUUCAUCACGUCAUCUUACAGUUAACUGCUGUUUCAGUGUAUCUCAUUUCUGAAGAUGCGCAAAAAAUAUAGCUCCAUGUAUCUGAAAUAAGCACUGAGCCAUUGAAAAACAGAUCUUUCAGGAAGUUGUAAUUUAUUUUGGCUUAAAAAUGAGAUUUUUUUUAAGGAAAAAAAUGUUCUUGUGUAUUAAAGAAGUUGACUUUUAUAUGAAGAUUUUUUAAAUGCCUGAAGGACUAGUUUGAAAGCCUCUUUUAGAAACAACCAUGAUAUAACUUUAUUUGGGGAUGGGUAAUACAUGAUCAGAUACACUGAGUUUUAUAAAGUUAAUGUAAAAAGACUGCCAGGAAAACUCGCAACACGUUUCUUAUGAAAGCAGGUUAGAUUCCCUCUUCACAGGGGUUAAGCUUUGACAGCCUGCCAUUAUCCACGUUACAAAAUUCAAUUGUAAAGCAAGUUUGCGACAACUGCCGUUUAAGAGCAUGAACCAUAUAACAAAAAGGAGAAUAAUUAGUUUAAAGAUAAAGUACCUCCUCCCAAAGGGAAUAAUUAUGACCUAGUGAAAAGUUAAGCAUUUCAUCCACUUAAUUACCAGACUGCAAGUCUCUCUCUGCUCUAGCUCUCCAGCUUUGGGUGAAGGCUCCUGCAAAAUAAUAUCUUCAACUUGCAAGUUCCUGCUGCAUUCAGAUACUUAUUACUGAGUUUCAGGCACCGUGUGUAUCCCCUGUACUCUUGUAAGAGACUUCGGAGGAAUAGUUGGGUCUUUAACACUGUUUUUGCUCUCAUUUGUCAUGCAAGUUUUAUGUUGCACUUUUUACCCCAGGGGGAUUUUAUAGAGCCUUUGUUAUAAGAGAGAAUAAUAUAAAUGGUAAUAAUGUCCUUGUUAAUGAAAGCCUUGUUUUGCAUAACCCCUGUCUCUGAGAGGGUUUGCUGGGCACAGAGUAUGAAGCAGGUUGUGGAGUGCUGUGCCUUUGUCUAGCUGCCAUCCUGUUUAAUUCUUCCUUCAUUGUUUUUUCUUCAAAAUGUCAGUAUGCUGUCUUGCUUCCAGUAAAUUGUAAGACUAAUUACUUGUUUCCACUAAAUAUCAUGUCUUACAAAUAGUGUUAAAUUCGUUGGAGAAAAUGAACUAUAAAAACGGUUUGCUUUCCAUUUUUCAGUUAUUCAGGUAGGUCUGAUCACAGAAGCAGCCAUCUUUAUGAAAUGAGAAGCCGCCAGUAUGCUUAGACUCGAGCAGUACUAGCGGGAAGGCUACUGAAGCGCAUCCCAGGGGACCGACCAACAUGGUGACUUUUCUCCUGUUCUUGACUGCUGUUAAAUUUAUUUCUUAAUUGUGAGCAGAUCACCUAGUUGCCCUCUGCUAAUUUCCUCAUUAGAAAAAUAAAAAGGAGAAAACAGUACCCACUCUUACAGACUUUGUGAGUUACAGAGGGUGGAGUCUCUGAAAAUCACAUAGUAUGCAUCUCGCUGUUACACAGAAUCAGUGACCCUUGACUCUGAGUGUUUUUUUUGUGUAAAGACCAGUAUUCCCAGAGGACUCUGUUUUAGUAAUUAUACUAUUUCUGAGGACCCUCAUAUAUUCCUUGUGUUGUUGCCACUGAUGAUCAGAAAACACUAGAUAGAAACUUGCAAUAAAUAAGACGCUGACAUGCAUCAACAUAAUGAAGCAACAAGUUCGAAGACAGAUUGAUGCUAUCAAACCAGGAAAUGUUUGCCAGUUGAGCAAGAACCCCAAGGGUGGGUGAUGUAGAUGCGCUCGACUUGUGUUCUCGAAAUUUUUUCGUGAUGGGAGGGUUUUCAAUUAUGUCAACUCAGGACCAUUGAUUUCAUUGCUCCUGUUUAGAUUUAACUUCUAUCAAAUAAUCUGUCAGUCUUACAGAUUUUUCCCAGUUCUUUCUUGUACUCUGCUGUCAACCCAUUCUCAUUUUGAUUCUCGGGGUUCUUAGCAUCAUAGCACAGAGAUUUUACUUAAAAUCUGUAAGUUUGAGGCUACCUUUAGACUUUUUAAUCUCAAGUAACAACCUGUUAAGCCCUGAGAGAGAAGCAAGUGAGACUAAUUCUAUUCACAUUUGAUGACAAAACCUUGCUUGCUGAAAGUGAAGUGCUUGAAGUACUUUCUGAUGAAAAUUAAAAAGGCAAAGAUUACAUCUCAACAUAAAACAAAAAUCCUCACAACUUAUCCAAUAUGCAACAUGAUAAAUGGAGAAGAUACUGAAGUUGUCAAGAAUUUUAUUUUACUUGGAUUUACAACGCCUAUGGCAGCAGUCAAGAAAUCAAGUGACAUAUUACAUUGGGCAAAUGUGCUGCAAAAGACCUCUUCAAAGUGUUAAAAAGCAAAGAUGUCAUCUUGAGGACUAAGGUGCACCUGACCCAAGCCAUGGUAUUUCAGUUGUCUCAUGUGCGUGGGAAAGCUGGACAAUAAAGACAGAGGACCAGAGAAUUGAUGCAUUUGAAUUAUGGUGUUGGCGAAGAAUAUUGAAUAUACCAUGGAUUGCCAGAAGAACAAACACGUUUGUCUUGGAAGAAGUACAGCUAGAAUGCUCCUUGGAAGCAAGGAUGGUGAGACUUCAUCCCAUGUACUUUGGACAUGUUACCAGGAGGGACCAGUCCCUGGAGAAAGAUGUCAUGCUUGGUGAGGUAGAGGGUCAGCAAAUAAGAUGAAGAUCCUCAAUGAAAUGGACUGACAUGUGGGCUGCAAUCAAUGGGCUCAAGCAUAAUUUUGAGGAUGGCGCAGGACCAGGCAGCGUUUCGUUCUUUUGUACGUAGGGUUGCUGUGAGUCGGAAACAGCUUGACAGUACCUAACAACAGCAGCAGCUCACUUUUUGUCGUGAAAAAGAUACUUGAGCUUGUGCUGUUAUUUCACAGCAGGCACUUCACUGUCACCUCUUCAGACAGGAGAGAUUAGAGUGGCAAGUAGAAACAACCGGAAGUAGAAAUUAUCUGAGUCACUUUGUUGACUGUUUUCCCGUGUUCCUUUGACUGAAAAAAGGAAGCCUGAAGUGAUAGGUUCAGCACUUCUGCAGAAUUCCUGAGGAAAAUCAGGACAUCCUUUUUUAAUCCUGGCAUGGUAGCUUUUUACUGUGAAGGAAUUGUGUCACAGUUUGUUUUUACAACCCAUCCAUUUCCCCAGAAAUAGUCUUUAUCAUAACUCCAUUUUAUUAGCCUGACUCUGUAAUAACUAAGAUGAUUUUUAUUUUUCUUGUCCUCCCCGCUUCUCCAUUUCAUUAUACCCAGGCCACAGGUGUUUUCUCCUCCACCUCUGUUUUCCCCUUCCCCCCAUACCUUAAAUUUGCAAGCUUUCCAAAUAGCUAAAGGUCUAUUUUUUAAUUUUCCUUUAACAUAUACUGAUAUUUUUUCAUAACCUUACCUGUCAUAGUCCAUUUCUUUCCCAUGUCAGUAGUCUCCUGCCAGCUUAACCUUGCCGUUUUAGGGCCCUGUUUCAUAAUGCCAUUUCUCUGCUCAGUAGUGACAGCCAGCAUUUACUGGGAACUGAGCGUGGUGUGUGGUCUCAUUUCUUUCUCACGACCUGGAGGUAGGAGCUUUUAUCCUCCUGUUGGUACCCUCAUGAGGCUACGGAGGCACAGAGAGGGGAGGUGACCUGCCCACAGGUUAGGGUCAUGGUUCAUUCAGGCCUUUCUUCCUGACCCACAGUCCUGCUCUUCUUGGCCAGCAUUUCCCAAGCUGUCCAUAGCACGCUGGUGUUCCUUUAGGUGUAGCCUGGAAGAGGGUGUGUUGUAUCAAAGAAGCUUGGGAAACACUGGGCCAAAAGAGAUUAAGACACUUUUUUUCUCCUGUAAUGUUUUUUAUAGCUUGUUUUAUUUGCACUGUAUUUUGGGGGAGGGAAGUUUCUCAACUUUGAUUUUUGCUCCAUCUGUCUAUUCUUAUGUUAACACACUAUUUCCUUUUUUUUUAUUAUUUAAUAAAGUACUUUUUACAAAAUCUUACAGUGCAGAUCUAUUUUUCAUUAAAAAAUUUUAUACACAUUGUGACCUUGGUUGCAGUCUCCGCAGUGUGUCAGCACUCUCCACCUUUCCCUUCCCACCCCGGGUUCCCUGCGUCCAUUCACCCAGUUUUCCUGUCCCUUCCUGCCUUCUUGUCUUUGCUUUUGGGCAGGUGUUGCCCUUUUGGUCUGGUGUACUUGAUUGAACUAAGAAGGACAUUCCUCACAUAUGUUGUUUGCUUUAUAGGCUUGUCUAAUCUUUGGCUGAAAGGUGGACUUUGGGAGUGGCUUCAGUUCUGAGUUAGCAGGGUGUCCGGGUGCCAUAGUCUCUUGUCAGACCAGCAAAUCUGGUCUUUUUUUUUUUUUUUUGUAAAUUUAAAUUCUCUACAUUUUUCUCCUCUGUCCGGGACCCUCUAUUGUGAUCCCUGUUAGAGUGGUCGGUGGUGGUAGCCGGCACCAUCUAGUUCUCCUGGGCUUAGGCUGGUGGAGGGAUUGUAUUUUUUAAUACUAAAACAUCUUUUAAAAUUUUGUAAAUUUUUUUUGUUGUUGAGAAUAUACACAGCAGAACAUACACCAAUUCAAUUUCCACGUGUACAAUUCAGUGACAUUCUUCGAGGUGUGCACCCAUUCUCACUCCCCUUUUCUGAGUUGCUCCUCCCUUAUUAACAUAGACUCACUGCCCCCUAAGCUUCCUGUCUAACCUUUCAAGUUGCUCUUGUCCCUUGGAUCACUUCCACAUGGUUCUUUAAAAGGGCACAGUGUGUAAGGCAGACAGUCUUUACUAAUUAAGCUAAACUUUUGUUUUUAAGAAGAUUUCAGGGGAUAUUUAUUUUCAAGUUGCCAAUCUUUUGUGAUUUAGGUGAAAGUUUGCAGCACAAAUUAGUUGCUCAUUCAAAAAUUUAUACACAAAUUGGUCCAUGGCAUUGACUGCAAACCCCCAUUGUGUCAGCACUCUCCCCCUUUCCCUUUCCACCCCAGGUUCACCGUGUCCAUUUGCCCAGUUUUCCUGUCCCCUCCUGCCUUCUCGCCCUUGUUCCUUGUAUGGUGUUGCCCAUUUGGUCUCGUAGACUUGAUUGAUCUAGGAAGCACAUUCUUCAUGUGUGUUACUGUCUUAUAGGCCUCCCUCAUCUUUGGCUGAAAGGUGAACUUUGAGAGUGGCUUCAGCUCUGAGUUAGCAGGGUGGUCCAGAUGUCGGGAUGUUUUUGGUUUAAGGUUUAAAGAUUAUCUCAGACAGUAGUUUCAGGGUGCCAUAUAUAUCUAGGCAGAAGAGGUUAGCUAAGCCUUGUUUCCCUGCUGUAGGGGUGCAAUCUUCUCUCCUGGAACACCUUGAGAAAUAGAAUCUGGGGAAGCGCUGUUGUGAUUUUUAAAGAUUAAAUAAAAAACCAAAAAACCAAACCCAGUACCAUGGAGUUGAUUCCAACUCAUAGCGGCCCUAUAGGACAGAGUAGAACUGCCCAUAGAGUUUCCAAGGAGCGCCUGGUGGAUUCAAACUGCUGACCCUUUGGUUAGCAGCCGUAGCACUUAACCACUACACCACUAGGGUUUCCAAAGAUUAAAUAGGACCCAGGAAAUUAACCGAGAGGGAGAGAAACAUUGAGGUGUGGAUGCAGCUGGCCUUGGGGAAAGCCCCUGGCCAGCCCGAGAUGGAGGAUAAAGAUGGUGAUGAGGCAGGUGGAGGAGGAGUAUUUCCGGUUGUGUUGUCACCAGAGAAUUCUGGGGGUUUUGGAGUGGAGGUUCCUGGGCAAAUACAGAAUUUAUGCUUCAACUGGUUUACUUCUCUGUUAUUCUGGCACUGCCACUUAUUAGCUGUGUGACUCUGAGGCCGUUUCCCCAUCUGUAAGUGGGGAAUUGAGAGUUAACAUGGGAAAAUGCCUAGCGUAGUGGCUGGAAGUAGAAGGUGAUUAAUAAAUAUAGGCUCCAUCAUCCCCUGACGGCUUUGUCCGAAAAGGAUGUUUCCUUCCUCAUUCGAUGGCGUUUUAGCCUCUUGUCACGAGGUGGCAUCCUACCUUAAAGUCAGUUGGUUUUUGUUGUUUUGAGCCUGCCAGUAUUUCUUUUUUGUAGUGUUACCACAAGCUUAAAUCAUUUUACACAGACUUUAGAUGAUACUACAUGGCUCUUCAAUUUUUUAUUUGUAGCAAAUAGGAUUAUUUUACAUUUCUACAAAUAGGCAUGACAGGGCAGACCUUCCUACCCUCGAGGACUGUGCCAGUGUGGAGAGCCUGGGAUCUUCAAUUUGGAAGCAUUGUGGCCUCCCCCCAACCCAGAGGUCUGGACGGACAACCAGAGAACACUCAGAAAAGGAUGUGAUUGAUAGGACUUACUUCCCCUUGUUAAUAUUUCAGGUGCCAAAAAGUGAUUCAAUAUGAUAAGGCUAUCUCCCUCCCAUUAUGAAAGUUGUGAUUUUAGAGGGUGUUUGUUUUGAAAUAAUUUCAUACAGGAAAGUCACAAAAAAAUAGCACAAGGAACUCCUGUAUAACCUUUAGAUUCCCCAAAUAUUAGUGGUUUACAACUUUUGCUUUUUUUUCUUCUGAAAUGUUUAACAAUAUGUUUCAGACAUUCUGCCUCUUUACCCUUGAAUAUGUUUUUCUCAAAACAUGACUGCAUUACAGUAUCAGAAUCAGGAAAUGAACAUUGAUGGGGUACUGCACACCUUAGUCACAUUUUGCCAAUUGUCCCUUUAACGUGCUUCAUAAACUAAAAAACCCAAACUUGUUGCCAUUGAGUUGAUUCCAACUCAUAGCGAUCCUAUAGGACAGAGUGGAACUGCCCUAUAGGUUUUCCAAGGAGCGGCUGGUGGAUUUGAACUGCCGACCUUUGGGUUAGCAGCCAAGCCCUUAACCACUGCGCCACCAGGGUUCCAAUGUGCUUCAUAGUGAAAAACUAAUUUUUUUUUCUGUCAGACAGGAUCCAAUCCAUGAUCACACAUUGCAUUUAGUUGUCAUGUCCCUUAAAAAACAAAACCAUUGCCUCGGAGUUGAUUCCGAUGCACAGUGACCAUUAAAUCUGGAGCAGUUUCUCAGUCUUUGGCUUUCAGAGCCGGGCAUUUUUGAACAAUGCAGACCAGCUGCUCUGUAGGCUGCCUCUCACCUUGGGUUUGUCUGAUACUCAUUCGGUUUAUGCGCUUUGGGCAGGAGUACCACAGAGGUGAUGCCGAGUUUUCAGCACCUGGCAACAGCAACUCCUGCCUGUCCCACUAUUGGUGAUUUGAAUUUUGAUCGCCUGGUUCAGGUGGUGUCCACUACGUUCCUCCACUGUAAAGUUGCUGUUUUUUCCUUUGUAGUUAAUAUCUUGUGAGAAGACACUGGUGAAUUUUUAAUAAGUGAAACAGACAGUAUAUGGAGUUGAACUAAAGUGGUCCCGUGAUGUCAGAGAGGAUAAACAAACAUAUAUACUAAAUUGGAGUCUCUACAUCAGUGACUGUUUCUCACCUUAUUGGAGAAAAGCCCAGUGAGGGAGGGGGGAGGAGGGAACAAUUCAUUCCGAAGUCUGCCGAUUUCAGGCCCUGCCCUAUCCCAGCAUCUCCUAGGCCAGAGCUUUGUGCACUGGUUUUAUAUGAAAUUUGUGAUAUUAUCUCAGGAAUAAAAAAAGACGAUUCUCAUAGAAAAUUUUCGGAAAACACAGAAGAGUAGAAAAAAUCCACAUUACCACCUAGUGUUUGCUAGUGGCAUUUUGGUGUACAGUAUGUUAUUUGUGGUGGUUUUGCAUUUUAAUAUAGUUAUGGUCAAACGAUACAUGUACUUUUGUAUCCUGAGUUUUUCACUUAACAUUAUUUUAAAGUGUUUGGUACUAGACAGUGAUCUGGAAAGGAAAAGUCAGACAGGUAUUUAAUUACAAAUGUAUUUAUGAUGCAAAACAAAACCGUUGCUGUUGAGUGGAUUUCGACUCAUCGCAUUAUUACCUAAAUGUGAUUUUGUGAGUUGGCAUGGGAACCUAACCACAAAUCUUGACUUGUCAUGAGAAAAUUCAAAGCCUCAAAGGAACCAAAUUUCCUCUGGAACCUCCAUAGUUGCUCAGUCAGGAUCGCCGGCAGGGUUGCUGUGAACAUUAGUGGUCCGUGUACGUAGACGGCCCCCCUGGGGUUGUGUAGAGCCCAACCUACAAGGAUGUGCAGGUGGCCUUGCUGACUGGUACUCAGUACGUCCUUUAGUGUCGCCUGGGGCUGGCUACUUGAGAAGUGUUGGGGAACGUCUGGAGGUAGACAUAGUCAUACUAAGAUUCACCACAUUUCAGAAAAGAAAUAGUCAAGAAACAUAUUUUUUGUUGUUGUUAGAUGCUGUCUGGUUGGUUCCAACUCAUAGCGACCCUACAUACCACAGAAUGGAACACUGCCCAGUCCUGCGCCAUCCUCACAAUUGUUAUGCUUGAGCCCAUUGUUGCAGCCACUGUGUUAAUCUAUCUCAUUGAGGGUUUUCGUCUUUCACUGACCCUCUACUUUACCAAGAAUGAUGUCCUUCUCCAGGGCCUGGUCCCACCUGACAACACGUCCAAUGUAUGUAAGAUGAAGUCUCGCCAUCCUUGCUUCUAAGGAACAUUCUGGUUGUUCUGGCAAUCCAUGGUAUAUUCAGUAUUCUUCACCAACAUCAUAAUUCAAAUGCAUCAAUUAUUCUUUGGUCUUCCUUAGUCAUUGUUCAGCUUUCACAUGUGUAUGAGGCGAUUAAAAACACCAUGGUCCGAGUCAGGCGCACCCUAGUCCUCAUCUUUGCUUUUUAACGCUUUAAAGAGGUCCUUUGCAGCAGAUAUGCCCACUGCAAUACGUUGCUUGAUUUCUUGACUGCUGCUUCCAUGGGCGUUGAUUGUGGAUCCGAGUAAAAUAAAAUGCUUGACUUCAAUAUUUUCUCCAUUUAACAUUUCAGAAAAGGAAUAGUCAAUUAACACUUUGGUUUAAGUAACUGAACUUUUUUUGGCCAGACACUUUAUCUGCCUGUCCAUAAAGACCUCUUGGUGUUAUCUGGACUCAUCAGCUCAGUAAGGGCUUAGACCUUCUUAGGCUUUUUCAGUUACAGAAACAAAAGCAGCCCCGGGGAGCUCGCUAUUCUCAAGGGCCUGUGAGCAGCAGGGAGGUCUGAGGUAUGGGGUGAAAACGGCUGAAAGAUUCACACUUCCCACAAAAUCGGACGUUCUCAGUGAAAAUGCACACUGUUUGGCAAACAGCUCAGUUAUUUUGAGGGCCCUGGGGCACCUCGAAGGGACGUGGAGUUCUUUUUCAGUAGCUAAGAGACACAUAACUACUGACUCUGCAGACUUAUUUCAACAUUAUGGACAGAAGUCAUUUAAAAUGAAAUAAAAGUGACAAAGGCAGCGUUGGCUAGUAACUGAGCUGUUCCCCACAUGGGCAACUCAUAAGAGUGCUCCUGGGUGAGAGAGCAGCAGCUGUUUAUGUCUUCAAUAUGUCAGCCACUGUCCUACAGAGAAGGUCUCCUUUCUCUCCCCUCCACCCCAAAUCUAUCAGUUUUUUGUAACAUGGUGGCUUACAUGUUGCUAUAAAGCCCAAAGCUAUGCCACCAGUAUUUCAAAUACCAGCAGGGACAGCCAUGGUGGACAGGUUUCAGUGGAGCAUCCCCACUCAGACAGACUAGGAGGAAAAGCCUGGUGAUCUGUUUCUGAAAAUUAGCCAGUGAAAGCCUUAUGGAUCACAGAAUAUUGUCGGAGACUUUGACUCGCUUACUUUGGACGCAUCUUCAGGAGGGACGUGACACUGGAGGACAUCAUGUUUGGUGGAGUGGAGGGCCAGUGAGGGCGAGGGAGACCCUCAGUGACAUGGACUGACACAAUGGCUGCAACAAUGGGCUCAAACGUACCAAAUCAUGAAGAUGGCGCAGGACCCGGCAUCAUUUCCUUCUUUAUACACAAGUUCGCCAAAAGCAGACACCAACUAGAUGGUGAUUAAUAACAACCCCUACUCUCGCCUCCAGCCCGUUUCCUGGCCUCCCCUCCCCACCCCCUGCUUCCCUCCCCAUCUCAUUCAGCUGCAUCAUCACCCACUAUAAUUUUGGGUUCACCCAGAAGCUGGUCUCCCAGGACACCAGCCCUCUAGCUGGCCAUCUUCUGGUGGGGCCAGUUAAGGCCUGCAGAGUCCUGGGGGCACCAUUCCAUGCAGACCCCAGAGAUGUGUAUUUUUUUUUUUAAGAAGAGAAUUUGUAGCAGUUGAAAGCAAAGGGUCUUGAAGACGGGCGCCUUUAUCUAAUUCACACAAAGGUACUUUAUAGGCUGGCAGAGAUCCUGACCCAAUGAUUCUGUCAUCUCUGGAUGGAUACCUACGUAUUCUUCUUGGUAUCCAAAAACCAUCUGCCAUCGAGUUGACCCCUAAUCUCUGUAUGGAGUUCCUGGGUGGCACAAUCAGUUAAGUGCUCGACUACUACCUGAAGGGUUGGCAGUUUGAACCCACCCAGGGCUGCCUUGGAAGGCAAGCCUGGCAAUCUGCCUCUGAAAGGUCACAGCCUAGAAAACCCUAUGGAGCACAGUUCUUCUCUGCCACACACGGAAUUGACUUGAUGGCAACUAACAACAACGAUCUCUGUAUCCAGCCUUCCCUGGUACAUAGUACAUAAUGUGCUUUAUAGGAUGUGUCAUUGUCAUUAGCUGCUGUCAAGUCAGCCAGAUUCAUGGUGACCCCAUGUACAACAGAAUGAAAUGCUGCCCAGGUCCUGCGCCAGUCCCUUGAUCAGUUGUAGAUUAGACCAUUGUGAUCCAUAGGGUUUUCAUCGACUGAUUUUUGGAAAUAGACUGCCAGGCCUUUCUUCCUAGUCUUAGUCUGGAAACUUCACUGAAACCUGUUCAGCAUCAUAGCAACACACAAGCCUCCACUGCCAGAUGAGUGGUGGCUGCAUAUGAGGUGCACUGGCUGGGAAUUGAACCCAGGUCUCCCGCAUGGAAGGUGGGACUUCUACCACUGAAGCAGCACUGCCAUAUAUUAAGUACCACUAUCACCCCAUAUAACAUGUAACCCCUGAAUCAGACAGUUCAGAGUCAGAUGGCUUGUGUAGGGACCUAGUCGACCUUCUGGUUUUCUUUCUGUAACUGCAUAAACCUAAGUAAUGGGACUGAGUCUGUUUUCUCCUAUACAUUGAGUACUUGAUCAUACAGGGGUCAGCAAACCUUCUCUGUAAAGGGCCAGGUAGUAGAUAUUUUUGAUUUUGGAAGCCAUACAGUUUCUGUCAUGACAACUCUGUCUGGAGCACAGAAGCAGCCAGAGAUAAUGAAUACACAAAUGUGGCUGGGUCCAAUAAAACUAUUUAUGGAUAAUGAAAUUUGAAUUUCAUAUAAUUUUCAUGUGUCAUGAAAGGUUCCCUUCCCCCUCUCCCCAAGCACCAUUUAAAGAUGUAAAAACAAUUCCUAGCUCACAGGCCGUAUGAAAACAGAGAACUGGUUGUAACCCGUGGGCUGGAGUUUACCCCGUUAUAGAUGACUUACAAGACUGCUUCCAACUCGGACGUUCAUGGUUAUGUACUUAGCUUGACUAGAAAUUAAAGGCCACAUUAGUGUAAAUAUUAAUCCCAAUGAUGAGUCAUCUAUUUUACAAAGUAGAAGCAGGGGUUUAGUUUGGAAAGUACCACAAUGAAGGAAGCAUAUGACUUACUCGAAUAAUUCCUGUCCCUUUUCCUUGGGUCACAGGGAAGCCCAGGCCUCCUAAGGUGUUUAUUGUUAGAACAGUGAGGAGGAUCUGCAGAGCUGCAGCUGGUUUGGGCUCUGUGCUAGCCUUCCUCUAUGAGCAAUGACCACGGCCAGCCUGGCCUGGGAGAGGCAUCUGGACAUAGUGCCGGCCCUGGGCUUGGACUCUGAGUGUCGCUAUAUAAAGCCACUGCUUCAACCCGUAGGCCAGGCUUUCUGGUCCUGACACAUAGUGACCACUGGCUCCAGGAUUCUAGACACUCUGCCUGAAAACCAGUGCAGCGUUCUCAGAAUCUGGCUCCAAAGGCCAGCCUGCUUGCCUCUGACAGGCUAUACCCUCUGCUUUUAGCAAUGGACUCAUCUGCCCCGUCCAGCUGGGCCCACAGUGUUCUCUUUCUGCCAUAUUCACAUCCUCCUCUUCUCAUAUCAGUCCAGUGACCCAACCAAGGAAGCUUCUCCAUCUCAAACUUCCUAAAUGUAAGCCUUUACAAUGUCCAUCUACUAACCCUACCUCCAAACCUGUCCCAACUCAAGGUGAACCUAUUAGUGAAAGGAGAUGGCUCACAGGAGGACUUGUAAGCCUGGUAUGGGGGCUGUGGGUGAGAGUCCUUUUAACUCUUGCUACCCUGAAUGGCCCAUCACCCAUCUGUCCGUUUGUUGUACUGUGGUGGCUUGCGUGUUGCUGUGAUGCUGGAAGCUAUGCCACCGUAUUUCAAAUACCAGCAGGGUCACCCAUGGUAGAUGGGUUUCAGUGCAGCUUCCAGACUAAGAAGAAAGGCCUGGCAAUCUACUUCCAAAAAUCACUCAGUGAAAAUCCUAUGGAUCACAACAGAACAUUGUCUGGACUCACUUGCCUUGGACAGGUCAUAAGGAAGAAGCAAUCGCUAGAGGAAGAGAUCACAUUUGGUGGAGCAGAGGGCCAGUGAGGGCAAGGGAGACCCUCGCUGAGAUGGACUGGCAAAAUAGCUGCAAUGAUGGGCUUGAACAUGCCAGCAAUGAGGAUGAUGCAAGACUGGGCAGUGCUUUGUUCUCUUGUACCUAGGGUCACCAUGAGUUGGCGUUGACUCGAUGGCAGCUAUCUAUCUUGAACAGCAGGGUGCAUGAUGCGUGAAGGUUAGCCAACAGCCAGUUCCCUACCAGCAGGAUCUAUGGUACAGGGCCCCAUCCUUGAAUACAGCAGUUCCAUUACUUGGUGCCUGAAGCUUCACGGACCUGCAGUCAGCAGCUCCUCCUCCCAUGAGCCUGACCUUGAGGUACCGUCAGGAUAGAGCUGCCCCAGGGCUUCUUCCUGCAGCAACUGUGUCACUUUGUAUGGAAGGCGGAUGAAGCUACACAUCGUUUCUUUAAUGUUAGGAGUCUUAGAAAUGGGUUUUACAUACAUACUUUGACCAAAGAGCCACAUCCUGGUCCCAUCAGAUGACUUGCGGGCCCCAUGGAUGUCAGCCUGGUCUAUUAGCUAAUUCCCUCGACUGCUCACAAACUCUUGCACAGCGUGAAUCACUCACACACAAAUGACAUGCUCACGGAGCUUCUGAAAAUACCCUCUUAAAACUUCUCAAGGAAUCAAGUGACAUGGCCAGAAGGUUUGUGCUGAGUUCCCAGGAGGCCUCAAUAUAGCUCUAAACCAAAGCAAACCAAACCCAUUGUUGUAGAGUCGAUUUGACUCCUAGCAACCCUAGAGGACAGGAUAGAACUGCUCCUUAGGGUUUCCAAGGAGCGGCUGGUGGAUUCGAACUGCGGACCUCUUGGUUAGCAGCCAAGCUCUUAACCACUGUGCCACCAGGGCUCCUUGAUAGCUCUCGGGGGUGCUAUUUAAGAAAGCAAAAGUAUAGACGUAGUAAUUCUAAAAAGCUCAAACUUUGCAGAAAAUAGGCCAAAAUAAACAAGGCAAAGUGGAGAGAAAAGACUUCACUCAGACUUUGUAAAAAGUUAACAUAUGUAAAAAGUUAACUAUACAAUCUUUUAUUUCUAGCUUGGAAAAAAAAAAAACUUAAAUUACUAGGAAAAUAUGUACAGGAUUAGUCACAUUUUAUAAAUCAGUGGACUGGAUGUGAAGGCCACCUGGCUCCCCUGGUUGGGCAAGGCUGGAGAGGCCCUGAGACCAGCCCACCGUUCCCGGCUCCUCUGCAGGUCCAGAAGAGAAGCCAGCCUCCAGUACAUCCAGCCCACCACUGUGUCCUCUCCAGCCUCCCUCUCAGCCAACACUGAAGAACACACCUGAGGUAUACCACAGCCAUCUUGCUAAGAAGUAAUUACAUGCCUUUUUAGUGUUUAAGAAAAAACCUUAAUUUUUCUGGGAUAUCUUUGUAGAAUCAUUCUAGGAACUGGUAUGAUUUAGAAAAUUCUCAAAGGAAAAAAAAAAGUAAGCUUCUCUGUACCCCAGACCUGCUCCCUCUCACCAGACUCCAGCAGGGCCUUGUUAGCGGCAGGAAUAUGGGGUCCCAGUGUCUGUAAAGCCCAGACGGGAGCGUCAGCUGCACCACCGGCUCAGUGCCUUCUUUCCGGGAACGGUGGGGCCGGGCCAGCGCUUUGGUUCAAAGUAUUCUGGAGAGCAUCUUCCCGCUCCUUUUCUGGAAGUGAAACGAUGGACACAGAGUCCCAGGCAUCUUCCUUCGGUGACCUGUCCUUGUCCAAGGCCUCCAAAAUAGGUUGAGCUGGGUCCUUUAAAUACUUGGAAAAGUUGAAAACCAUAAUCGUUUUUAGUUCAUCAGUUCAACAUAGCAGGCCUUUUAUUUUUAAUUGGCACAAAUCUGUUAAACCUGUUGCUGUGGAGUCAAUUUUGACUCAUAGUAACCCUAAAGGACAGAAGAGAGCUGCCCCGUAGGGUUUCCAAGGAGCAGCUGGUGGAUUCGAACUGCUGACCUUUUGGUUAGCAGCCGUAGCUCUUAACCACUGUGCCAUCAGAGCUCCUUAAUCGGCACAGUUAUGUUUUAUUCACAUACAGCUUCCAACUCUGCCCACCAGUGAGACAACUUCUAAAAGUGAAACACCUGCCACCUCUCAUCUCAUGAAUGAUUUAAUUGUAAUCAAAGGGCCAACCGAGUUCAGGCUCUAAACGUGUAAAAAGACGUAACUGAGGAAGAGCCAGUUCUCACUUGCUACACUCAGUGCGAAAACAAACAAAAAAACCCCAAAAGCCAAACCCAUGAUGCCGGUGAGUCAAUUCUGACUCAUGGGGACCCCACAUGUUACAGAAUAGAACUGCUCCAUAGGGUUUUCUGGGCUGUAAUCUUUACAGAAGCAGAUCGCCAGGCCUUUCUUCUGUGGCACCACGGGGUGGGUUCAAACCUCCAACCUUCAGGUUAACAGUCAAGUGCAAACUAUUUGGCCACCCAGGGACCAUGGCACUCAACUCAGGCCUGUGGAUUAUCAAUCCUAGAACAUCUCUAACUCCUUAGUGAGCGAGGAAACAGGACCUCUGGUUCACCUAGGAGGGGGAGGAAGAGGGCAAGAGAACCGGGAUUUUUCUCAGCCAUGCCCAGCACCUGUCGGUUCCACCUUCACACAAAAUGCAGCAAGCAGAGAAUCUGGGAGUGAAGCCCAAUGGCCAGGGGCCAGGGAAAGUGACGAGGCUGUGUCCCCCAUCUGAAGCAAUGUUUCAAGGUGCUUAACGUUCCCUUUCACUGUUGCCCCUGCCCCCAGUUACCCAGGACCUGGUGCCCAGCUCUUGGAAAUGCUAAAAGACACGUACAGGAAGCUUCGGCCUGGCUGGUUCAAAGAGGAACAAAACCGGUCACGUGCACUUGUGAAAGCCUCAGAGGUACAAGCGAUGUGACUCAUGAGUCUCAUGUCACUCUGGUAAGUAUUUUUCACUCUUUCCCAGGAAAGUGACCCAAAAGGCCUUGUGUUUUAGAUUCACGCUAAACAGGAAGAACAGUUAGUAGUAAAUUCACUUAUCAGGGCCCAGCUGGGAGUUUACUGUGUGACAGAGAUCACUAAUGAGACCAAAAUCCUGAGGCCUGUGGGAAGCUGUCAUUCUGUGCAAACAUUGGCCGGGUAGGCUCUACUAGGGGUUUAUUUAACACUGAUGUGAUUUAUAUGAUAGCUGCACUUUAAAUGUCUGACAGAGAAAGGAAAACAGAUGACCUCAGUUCUUUCUAGAAGUGACACUAUGUCUUUACAGACUUAGUCCUUAUCUGAAAAAUAAAAAGCCAAACCAGAUGCUGUUGAGUUGACUCUGACUCAUGGCGACCCCAUGUGUGUCAGAGUAAAACUGUGCUCCAAAGGAUUAUCUUUUUUUUUUUUUGUUAAUUGUUCUUUAGGUGAAAGUUGACAGAGCAAAUUAGUUUCUCAUUCAACAAUUUAUACACAAAUUGUUUUAUGACACUGGCUGCAGCCCCCACAAUGUGUCAACACUCCCCUUCCCUACCCCAGUCCCUGUUUCCAUCUGUCCAUUUUUCCUGUUCCUUCCUGCCUUUUCAUCAUUGCUUUUGGGCAAGUGUUGCCCUUUUGGUGUAUACGUGACUGAACAAAGCAGCACGUGCCUCACCUGUGUUCCUGUUUGUUUUAUAGGCCUGUGUAAUCUCAGGCUGAAGGGUGAACUUCGGGAGUGGCUUCAGUUCAGAGUUUAAAGGGUGUCUGGGGGCAAUAGGCCAUAGGGCUUUCAAUGGCCGAUUUUUCAGUAGGUCGCCAGGCUUUUCUUCUAAGAUGUCCAUGGGUGGGUUAAAACCACCAACCUUUUGGUUAGCAUCUGAGCGCUUAACCAUUUAUUCCAUCCAGCGAGCCUUAUCUAACAUCUGCUCAGUCUAGAUAUAAAAAGUAAGACUUUGCUUCAAUACCUUUACCCCUAUUUUACUGAAGAAAAAUGCAAACGCUCUGAAGGAAAUCCUGUUAAAUGCUCUCCUCUUGGCUAGCCUCCGCUCCUGAGAAUGUCCUGCCCGUGUCUGCAGAGGGCCUGGCCUCCUCACAGAGCCUCAGGGGGGUGGGAUGGUGUGGAAAACAAGACUUUUCACAAGACCGUUCGGCUUUUCUUAAAAAAACAAACAAACAAACAAACAAACCUGUUGCCGUCAAUUCCAACUCAUUGCAACCCUAUAGGACAGACUAGAACUGCCCUAUAUGGUUUCCAAGAAGCAGCUGGUGGAUUCAAACUGCCGACCUUGUGGUUAAUAGCCAAGCUCUUAACCACUGAUCCACCAAGGCCCUGUACCAGAGUACGGUGGGUCCUAAUAAUAAACCCCUUCUGAGUGGCGUCUUGUAAAAGGGGAGAGCAGACAUGUAGACGGGGUCAAAUAUGAAGGGGGAGAGGCCACGUGAAGACACAUCUACCAGCAGCAAAGUAACACCAAGGAUUGUUGGCAGCCGCCAGAAGCUAGGGGAAAGGUGUGAACGUUUUCCUGAGGACUGUUGGCAGCUGCCAGAGGCUAGGGGAGAGGUGUGAACAUUUUCCUGAGGACUGUUGGCAGCCACCAGAAGCUAGGGGAGAGGUGUGAACGUUUUCCUGAGGACUGUUGGCAGCCAACAGAGGCUAGGGGAGAGGUGUGAACAUUUUCCCGAGGACUGUCAGCUGCCACCAGAGGCUAGGAGAGAGGUGUAAACAUUUUCCUGAGGAUUGCUGGCAGCCACCAGAAGCUAGGGGAGAGGUGUGAACAUUUUCCUGAGGACCGUUGGCAGCCACCAGAGGUUAGGGGAGAGGUGUGAACAUUUUCCCUAGGAUUGCCAGUGGGCCUCCAGAAGCUAGGAAAGAGGUGCGAACAUCUCGUCUCUCAGAGCCUUCAGAAGGAAUCGACAAAGCCAACACCCUGAUCUGGACUCCCAGCCUCCAGAACUGUGAGACGAUAAAUUCCUGUUCUUUCAAGCUGCCCACUUUGCGGUGUUUUGUUAUGGCAGUGCUAGAAGACAAAGACAUGCUACUGUUUUUAGCUCAAAUCUCUGUGUCCACAGCUCUGUCCACUGCUGCCCUCGUAGGUAUGACCUCACAUUGAUGCACCCACACGUCACCCAUAUGGACGUGACCGCACCUACCUCUUCUAUUUGUAAUGGGAUCUUGGGUGGAGAAUGAAACCAGUAUUUAACCAGGCCUCUGUAUUUCAGGACCAGGAAGAAACAGGCUCCCAUUGGCAACACCACUGACAGAAAGGUUCCCACAAAGAUCAGGAUGGCUUGUUCAAGUUCAGUAGCAGCUAAAAAGAUGACAUGAAAGUGAAAAAGAUGACAUUCCCACAUGUGAUACAAACAUCAGUUAAUUUUUCACCCACCACUAGCUUCAACAGUAUUUGUCUCCCAGUAAAAUGGACAGAUACCCUCACCCCCAUGUGCUUGAAUCAACAGCUAUGAAGGCAAUCCCCUAACAGUAUCUCAGCUGUUGGGCAGCUUUUGGUGCUGCAGAGCUCAGCACAAGCUCAUUACUCCUACAGAUAACUGCUCUCCUCUCCGCCCCUCCCUGUCUCCUCUCCCACACCUCCCUUACUUAAUAUGCAUUCCCUGAUUUCACUCUUUUAGGGGUGUUCUGUUCCCAGCUUAGAAAGGGCAUGAAAGUACAUUUUACCAUCAGUUGUUGUCUCAGAGCAAGAUAUGUUGCUUAAGUGCCCAGGUCGAACGAUGCCUUGUGCUGGCCAAACAAGUUCUGCCUUGACUUGUAAACAGUAUACACGUAAGGGUUUUAAGCCAUCCAACAAAAUGAAAUUGCUCUUGACAGGGCCUUUAACCUAUUUAAGACAACCACACACGUCAAUCACCAAAACAGACAGGUGCGUGCCACUUCCAUCUUUUCCACUGUGUCUCAGGGUCUCAGGAAAUGCAGCUAACCAAAAAAUAAGGAGGUGUGGUUCUUCAAGGGCCCCUGGAUUGCCGCGUAUUCUAGGAAAUCAUUUUCAUUUAACUCCCAACCUGCUUCUGGUUUUAACUAAAAUGUGCUGAUUCUUCCUACAGGGUUUUUUAUUUUUUUUAUUUUUUUUAUUUUGUUGUCAUUGCCUCCUCUAGUUUUGGUCAAAGUGAUUUAUGUCAUCGGGAAAGAGCUGGACCCCAAGCCCUCUGGCACUUCCCUGCCGCUGCCCUCUAUCAGGCCUUGCUUUCCCCACACCUGUCACCCUCAUCCUUGACAGGUGUCACUCUCCCAUAGGGAAAUAAGAGACAGAUCUACUGUAUUAAAACAAUCUAAGAUUUCUUGUACAGGACUUUUUUUUUCCUUUUGAGAUGUAAUAGAAUAUGUUAGAGUCAUCUGAACUGGUGGCAUUAGAUAUGCUCAAUAACACAGAAAGACGAAGCUGCUAUGUUAUUGAAUGAAAAAAAAAAGGUUAUUCAGUAGUAUGGACAGCAUGAUCUUAUUUUUUGAGAUAUCAGUACAGUUGUAUUAUCUAUGAAGAGCAGGGUAACAGAUGAUUUUCUAUUUUCUCCUGUUUAAUGGUGAUGCACUGCCAGGGCAGAAAAUUAAUUUUUUUUGUUGUUGUUGUUCAAGAAGCUGUGUAAAGCCAUUCUAAGGAAACUUGUUCCCUGUGGCAUAACUUCAGCAGCCAGUUGACAUUUCUGAAAUUUAGGAAAUUUUCAGCCAGACAGAAGAUUUCCCACAGCAGGCUGAGACUGCUUUCCUUAAAAGGCCUGCUCACGAGGCUGGUCCUGGACCCCCCUGCCUGGCAUCUGGGAGCUUGGAUUUGGGGAGUGUUCCCACCCUUCCCUAGCUGACAACGGUGGCUCGCUGCACCUAAACCGUUUGUGCAAACACUGUGGCUUAUGCUGAACACCUGCUUUCCUUCUGGGGGUCUGGAAGUUUGGAACAUGCUGGGCAGAGGGACUCCUGAGGAAAACGCUGGGUGCUCAGCCCCCCAGUGAGCCUCCCUGGUAAUGUUCCUUCCACAUGUGCUGUUGAACUUCUUGUCAGAAGAACUGAGGACGUCUUGUGUGACUCCAGAGCCCUGGUGGCACAGUGGUUAAGAGCUCGGUUGCGAACCACAACGUCAGUAGUUGGAAUCCACCAGCUGCUCCUUGGAAACCCUAUCAGGCAGUUCAACUCUGUCCAGUAGGGUCACUAUGUGUUGGAAUCGAUUCAAUGGCAAAGGAUUUGGUUUUGUUUUGGUUUGUGUGACUCUACUGGGAGAGGACUCUUGGAAGCUUUCGCCUGGCUGCCUUCAGACUUUGCCUCGUGUGCCUUUUCCCUUUGCUGCCUUUGCUUUGUAUCAUUUCUCUGUAACACAUCAUAGUCGCAUGUAUAACUAUGUGCUGGACCCUGUGAGUCCCUCUAAAAAAAUCACUGAACCUGGGGUGAUCCUGGGAACCCCUGACACACACUCACCGUUGAAAUGGAGAUCAUAUCUGUGGCUUUCCAGGUCAUUUUAGCCCUAGCACCUUUUGUUCAUGGAAACCCAGGGAGAUAUGCUCCAGACAAAAAGGGGAAAGGGGUCUGAGGCAGAUAUACCAGCUCCUCCCCACAGGUUCCAACUUAUAACUCAACUGUUAUGUCUUACACCAGAGGAAACUAUGGCCUGGGGGUUUAAGUGACAGGGAGCUAAGUGGCAGUAGAAGCACGGUCCAUAUACUUUUGAUGAGAACAUACAGAUAAAUGGGGCUGGCUUCAACCCCUCCAGCAUUGGGCAGCCCUGUCCAGCUCUAGGAUACCAAGAGUGGAUAGACUCCAUUAUAAGAAAACAGAAGUGUGGCCAGGCCUCCAGAACGGAGCACUGUGGUAAAGAAACCCAAUGGUACAGACACACGAGGCUGGAGCCUAUCUCCACAUCUCCAGCACCGUAUCUGAUCUCUAAGUGAAGUCAAAGACGCACAUGUGAAAAGCAGUCAUCUGCCCCUUCUGCAUUCUGCCAGGCUUUCUUUUGCUCCAGUUGACCCAGCUCUCAGUGUGCUGAUUUAGGGAUGUGGGCAUUUCCUUAUUCCCUAAAUGCUUCAGCUGAGCUUUGCCUCCCCCAGUGUUUUCAGACUCACCAUAAAGAAACCAAAGGAAACUGCAAGUAUAAACUACAUGGCAGAAAAACAUGGUGAUUAAGAGCGUGGAUCUGGAGACUGGACGUCUCCGCCCUGCCUUGUGUGAGCUUACUCUGGGCAAGUUCCUCAACCACCCAGUUUCCCUCUGUGUGAAACAGGUUGGGAUAAAGAUUAAAUGAGAUGAUGUUAUCUGAAACUCCUGGCCUAGGGCCGGACACAAAGAAAGCUCUCAAUAAGCGUAAGCUCUUAUUAUUAUUAAAAACUAAUAAUGUUGAGUUCAGAAAACACAACGUUUACAUAAAUAAUAAAACCUUAUUAAGCUUUGUGCAGCUUGGGCAGUCAGGCACUUGAGAGGAGGGAAGGCUGUCAUCUUUUUCUGGUCUUACCCAAGGCUGACCAGGCCUCUUUGAUCCCACCUACUUUUGUUACCUUCUCCCCUGCCAUCCCCUAAUGUGGCCUGUGUUUCUGAUGGAUCAAAGCCCUUGAAGCUCUCCAGAUGUGCCAGGCCUUCUCCCACCUACUAACACUUCUCCCUAGAAUGCUCUUUCUCCUUGAGAUCUUUUACCUAAAUCAGAAACUCUAAAGAAAAGAAAAUAAAAAAAGAAGAAAAACACUCUUGCCUUUUGGGUUCCGGCCUUUUCCCAGUAAUGGGCGUAAUACUGAAAAGUGACCAUGGAGGCAUCGACGUCAAAGGGGGCAGAGAACCUGAUGAUCAGUGAGCCGUCUCCUGGAGCCACCUCAAUGUUUUCUGGAGGCCCAACAGUAACUGAAAUAGAAAAACCAUAUAUCUACAUAUGUACAUAAAAAAACCUGCGUAUCUAUAUAUAGCAACCCUAUUGGACAGAGUAGAACUGCCCCAUAGGGUUUCCAAAGAGUGGCUGGUGGAUUUGAACUGCUGACCUUUUGGUUAGCAGCCAAGCUCUUAGCCACUGUGCCACCAGGGGUCCAUACAUAUGUAUAUAUUUAUUAUUUAUUUAUAGCUUUUGUAUUCAUUCGUUUAUUUAUAUAUAAACAACCAUAUGCAAUAUAUGCAUUACCCACCAGGGUGUCUUCUUUUGAAGCUCAUCAAAGUAUUCAGAUGCCCAGGAUUACCCAAGGUUUGCCUGGAAGAAGCCAGCACAGGGAGCUGGCACAGCUGCAGUGCAUCAAGCACCAGGUCACCAGGUUUGCCUGGAAGGAGCCAGCACAGGGAGCUGGCUCAGCUGCACGCAGCACCAGGGCUGCUUUCUCUUGGAAGGAGGGGUCCCCGUAGCACGGCACACGGUAGCCAGCGUGAGACUCUCUGGCUCCCAGGAGACGCCCAGGUGCCGGAAGCUGAGAUUCACACUCAGCAGAUCAGCGGUGGGCUCUUGUUGCAUAAAUGGACCCACUGAAACCUCCCCCAAACUCCAGAGCAUGUCAGAGGCCACGUGAGCAACAUGUCAGCCACAUCUGGACCCCAAACCAGAACAGGUGAUGUUAGACCUUCAGACUGAUCUGGCAGAGGAAGGGAAGUCUCCAGUGAGCAGAGAAACAGGUCUUGGAAAGGAGGAUUCACAGGGGCUCAGGUCUCAGACUCUAAGGAGAUGCUAGACGCCGUUCUGGUUUGGGGUCCAGAUGUGGCUUCCUGGAUUAGGAGCCAGUGACUCGUGUAACAACUCCACAGAAGAGCUUCCAGGGUCCUCACAAGGGACACGCCCAGUUACAAGAAUCACUGCAGGUCUCAGCAAAGCCAAAAGAUGCGGCUUCCCACAGGCAUUCACAGUUCUCUGGUUCAGAGGUAGUGUGGCCAGCAGAGGUCCUUUUCACCAUAAGCAGGGCUGCCUAGUAACAUAGUCAGCAGGACACUUGGGUCACAUUCCCCGAGAAACACAGCUGGAAAGUUAACCAAAGGCCAAAUUCUCAUGCAGAGAGGAAAAGAUUUUGUUAGCCCCUACCUACCACAGAUACAUCAAACAUCAAUAUAAAUGACCAAAACCAGUAUUUACAAACCUGUAAAUGCAUUUGUCUCUGUGUCUAGCUUAAUGCUAGACUCUGUUUGAACCUAAGAACUAAGAAAUAGGAAGAAAGGCCUGGUGAUCUGAAAGGCCUGAAAAACCAGCCUUGAAAACCCUAUGGUGGGCACAGCUCUACUCUGACACACAUGGAGGCGCCACGUACCAGAAUCCACUUGACAGCAACUGGUCAAGUUUUUGUGUUCAGGCUUUUUCUGUAAUUCACAGGACAGCCAAGGACUGCGGCUCUAUACACUGUAAGUGAAAGGUUAUGGUAUGUAUCAAGAAAGUGUUUACACUGAAAAAUUAACCCAAGCAACUCAAAGUAUGCGCUGGGUUCUCGAGUUCUUAGAGACCUGUCUUGGCAUGUUCUAUACCCACAGACAGUCACGUUAGUGACCUGUGAGCAGUGUGUUACAGCAAUGGGGUGGAUUUCUCUGACCCUGUCCACUCUCCCUCUUGGCCUCUCCCAGAGUGGCUGGGUCAGGCAUACGGUUUGGGCAAGAUUCUCUCUGUGCAAAAAUGACACGUCUCUAGAGAGUUCUCACCUGUGUCCUCUGAUCUUCUUUGUUCUCGGGGAGGAGCUAAGUCCAGACAGCACCCAGUGGCAGAGAUGGGACCAGGCCAGGUCCACCACCAGCCAAGCUAUGUGAGUGGACUGGCUGCUAGUGACAAAAGCUGCCUCGUUAGCCCUGUUCACAAGUGCUAACACACAGGUUCUCCAGCUUCCCUUUCAGCUGCUAAGUGAGCAGAGUGCAGGAAAGCAUGCCAACUGGCAGGGCAGGCCACCUGCUGCAGGCCUCUGCAUGGUAGGGAGUAUUCUCUUGAGUUGUGCAUGUCUGUUUCCACAUGACAGUGGGCAGAGAGCACAAGCGCCAGCCAGGACUAAUCACUGAACUGCCAAAAGGGCAGGGCUGAAAGACUGGCUCUUAUGACAAGGCCUAGAUAAAAGACACGCCUAAGCUGAGAGCUGUGACCAGUGAUGCCAAUGCGUGAGCAUCCCGCCCAGCGCUGAGGUAAGCAAACAUUUCCCAUAUAAACGGCCGGAUAGUAACUUAGGGCAAGUGGUUUCUGCCGCACCUGCUCAACUUGGCUGUUGUAGCAGGAAAGUAACCUCAGACAAUAUGUAAACAAAAGGCUUCACCUGUGUUCUAAUAAAACUUUAUUUACACAGGCAGGCGGAGGGCCGGAUGUGGCCCGCAGCAGCAGUGUGCCACCCCCUAGUCUAGCAAUCUCACUCCUUUGGCAUCAAUCUCCAUGGCAGGUCCUGGGGUUUCCCCACCACACCUGCCUGUUUGCUGGUCAUUUGGGGUUAAGAGCGAGGACUGAGGUGCUUGGAAUUAAUACUGCUCACUGCAAGAGGUAAGGGAAGAAAACCUAGGCAAUAUGAAGGAACUUAAUACCCAAGGUGUCUCACCAUUCCGGUAGUGUUGAAACCAAGGCACCGUCGCCCAGGCAGAGACACGUUCUCCGAGCUCAGCUUGAACACGCAAAGAGACAUUGAAGUGCCGUGGGAAACCCUGUGAAAGGCUGGCUGCCGUGAAGUUGCACCAGGUCUCAGUGGUCUUCGUACAAUUCACUCCUGACACGUCGCCCCACUCGCUAGCAGUGCUAGAAAGGAAAAAGGAUUUCAAUCCACAGAAUUCUCUCUCCUCUCACAGAUAACAGUUUGCCCAGAGCUCAUUCUCUCAACAGCUCUAUUGAGAAUUCACAUACCACACAACACACUGGAGUCCCUGGGUGACAUGAAGGGUUAAGUGCUCAACUACCAGCCCAAAGGUUGUGGUUCAAACCCACCUAGAGACUCCUCAGAAGACAGGCCUGGCCAUCUGCUGCCCAAAGGUCACAGCCUGGACAGCCCUAUGGAGCACAGUUCUAUUAUACACACAUGGGGUCACCAUGAGUCGGGAUCCACCUGAUGCCAACUAACAGCAGCAUACAACUCACCCAUUUAAAGUGUACAAUUCAGUGGUUUUCAGUAUAUUCAUAGGGUUUUACAACCAUCAUGAUCAAUUUUAGAAUGUUUCAUCAUCCCAAAAGGAAACCCUAUACCUGUUAGCAGUUGCUCCUCUUUUCUACAGCACCUAGUCCUGUUGUUGUCAGGUGCCGUCGGGUAAUUUCCGACUCACAGCGACCCCAUGUACAACAAAAUGAAACACUGCCCGGUCCUGUGCCAUCCUCAUGAUCAUUGCUAUGUUUGAGCCCAUUGUCGCAGCCACUGUGUCAAUCUAUCUCCUUGAGGGUCUUCUAUUUUUUGGACCCUCUACUUUACCAAGCACGAUAUCCUUCUCCAGGGACUGAUCCCUCCUGACAUGUCCAAAAUACAUGAGACGAAGUCUGGCCACCCUCACUUCCAAGGAGCACUCUGGCUGUACUUUCAAGACAGAUUUGUUCUUUCUUUUGGCAGUCCAUGGUAUAUUCAAUAUUCUUUGCCAAUGCCAUAAUUCAAAGGAAUCAAUUCUUCUGUCUUCCUUAUUCAUUGUCCAGCUUUCCCAUGCAUAUGAGGUGAAUGAAAAUACCAUGGCUUGGGCUAGGCACAUUUUAGUCCUCAAAGUAACAUCUUUGCUUUUUAACAUUUUAAAGAGGUCUUUUGCCGCAAAUCUGCUCAAUGCAAUACAUCAUUUGAUCUCUUGACUGCUGCUUCCAUGGGUGUUGAUUAUGGAUCCAAGUAAAAUGAAAUUCUUGACAACUUCACUAUUUUCUGUUUAUCGUGAUGUUGCUUAUUGGUCCAGUUGUGAAGAUUUUUGUUUUAUGUUGAGGUGUAAUCCAUACUGAAGGCUUUAGUCCUAAACAGCCACUCAUCUGCUUUCUAUUUCUAAAAAUUUGUCUACUCUGAGCAUUUCAUAUAAAUGGAGUCAGACUACAUGUGGUCUUUAGUGACUAGUUUCUUAGCAUAAUGCUUUCAAAGUUCAUGUGUGUUACAGCACAUGUCAGAACUCCAUUCCUUUUUACAGCCGAAUAAUAUCUAUUGUAUGGAUGUACCACAUUUUAUUAAUCCUUUUCAACUGAUGCACUUUUGGGUUGUUUCCACUUUUUGACUAUUAUUAAUGUAUAUUUGGCAUGUAUGAUGCUGGCAUGAACAUUCAUGGACAUAUAUAUUCUCUUUGGUAUAUAAGAGUUGAAUUGCUGGGUCAUAUGGUAACUCUGGAAACCCUCGUGGUGCAGUAGUUAAGGACUACAUCUGCUAACCAAAAGGCUGGCAGUUCGAAUCCACCAGCUGCUCCUUGGAAACUCUAUGGGGCAGUUCUACUCUGCCCUAUAGGUUUGUUAUAAGUCGGCAUGGACUUGAUGGCGAUGGGUUUGUUUUUUUUUUUGAGUUUAUGGUAACUCUAUGUUUAACUUUUUGAGGAAUUGCCAAACUGUUUUCUAAAGGGGCUGUACCAUUAUACAUUGCAGCAGUAUGUAUCUGAGAGUUCAGGUUCCUCCACAUCCUUGCCAACUCUUAUCAUUAUCUGUCUUUUGGAUUAGCCUUCCUAGUGGAUGUGAAGCUGUAUCACAUUGUGGUUUUGAUUUGCAUUUUCCUGAUGGCUAAUGAUGCUGGGUAUCUUUUCAUGUGCUACUUGGCCAUUUGUAUAUUUUCCUUGGAGAAAUGUCUAUUCAAGUCCUUUCCCCAUUUUUUAAUUGGUUUGUCUUUUCAUUGUUAUGUUGUGUCUUGGACUGGGUCCUCUAGAGAAGCAAAACCACUGAAGCAUGUAUUCACACACACACACACAUAUGAGUAUAUAAAGAGAGAGAUUUAUCUCAAGGAAAUGGUUCACACAGUUGUAGAGGCUGGCAAGUCCAUUACAAGUCCGGGGUCAGGCAUCAGGCUGGAGACCUCUUCUGACUCAUGUAGCUGCAGGGGCUGAUGAACCCAAGAUCAGCAGGUCUAAGGCAGCAGGCUGCUGGCUGCUGGCUCAAGUCCCAAGAACUGGAGGUCAGAUGGUAUUACAGACAUAUAUAUAUAGGAUGCAGGCCAUACCCUCAAAGAAUCUCCCCUUACAAACUGAUUGGCUGAUCAUAUCAGAUCACAUCAUGGAUGAUGACUACACCAUUACAUAACUGCCAAAUCACAUCAUCAUAUAACUGCCAAACUACAUCAUUACAUAUUUGAAACCACUGAGAAUCAUGUCCCAGCCAAGCUGACACACAACUUUAAUCAUCCCAAGUGGUAAAAAGUUCCUUUUUUUAUUCUGGUUACCAGUCCCUUAUCAGAUAUGACCUGCAAGUAUUUUCUCACACUCUGUCCCACAGCUGACCUUAAUCUCCAAACUCUGUGCAGCCCAUGUCUUAGGAACGAUCCUGCACUAAAAAUACAAACUCCACUCAUGCUUCCUCCUAGUGUGGAGCUGUGUUCACCCCAAGCUGCCCAUUUAGAGGGUUUGCCCUCACCCCUACAAAAACCCUCCCAAAGACACAGCAACACAGCCUGCGAGUGAACACACAUUCCCCAGAGCUCCAACGCCAUACGCCCAACUGGGACUCCAGUCCCAGCUCUGACCACGUCCUUGUCUUAUGUGAAAGACUUGAGAAAACCCUGCAGGUGGCUGCUAGGACCCUCACUGGGGAGCAGUGGGGAACAGACAGAACUUCUGGCCUAGCAAGCAAGGUCAGGGGGUCCCUCCCUGUCCCCCUGCCACCAGCUUUCACACACCACACGUGCUUCUACGUGUAUCCCUGACCCUGACUAAAAAAACCCAAAUUAAACCCAUUGCCAUUAAGUCGAUUCUGACUCAUAGCAACCCCACAGGACAGAGCAGAACUGCCCCAUAGGGUUUCCAAGGAGUGCCCAGUGGAUUCAAACUGCUGACCUUUUGGUUAGCAGCUGUAGCUCUUACCACUAUGCCACCAGGGUUUCCUGACUCUUGAGACUGUUAAAGUUCCAAGUGUCACUAUGAAAACCACUUCAAGACGUUGGCCGGCGUUUCUAUAGGAGAUGCCAGCAUUUCUCUUGCCAUAAGCGUAUGCCACCAAGCCCUAGGGUCGUGGAUUCGAAUGGGGAGAGGGAUCCCAAACCACAGACGCCUCCUCUCAGAUUGCGGGUUGUUUCAGAAGGGGUGAGUGACAUUUCUUUCAGGGUACACAGAUAACUUAAAGAUAUAAUGCCCGCCCCCCUAUCCCUCACUAGUGAACUUGAGUGCAAGGCCCUCUACCGCUCAGGCGCACCCCUACUGCUCACAGGCUCGCCCCCUACCGCUCAGGGGCACAUCCCCUGACUCACCAGGGAAUCACCCUCCCCUCUAACCCUGCCACUUUCUCAGAACUACUUUUUAAAAAAGUUUCUCAGAAAGAGGUUUAAAGAUUAGCCAUCCAUCCAAAUUUAAAUGACACUGACACAUUGCCAGCAGUUCUAGGGGAAGGGUGAAUGGAAAGGGUUCUAGUGUCCUAGAACGCUGCCCCCCUUUAUUUGCCAAGGGUAGAAGUAAUCUGGAGUCCUUGAAUGCUGGCGGAAAAGUCAGUGGUUCGCAUCCACCCACCACCCAGAGGCACCUCAGAGGAAAGACCUGGUGAUCUAUUUCUGAAAAAUGAGCCACUGAAAAUACAUAGCACAGUUCUACUCUGACACACAUGGGGUCACCAAGCGGCCAAAAGUCAGAAUUGACUUGACAGCAACUGUUUUUGUUUUUUAUUUUAAACUGGCUUAAAAACAAUUGGAUGUUGGCCCAUUUAAAUGAGUGAUGGAACGAACAUUGCCUCAAGAACAUAUGACAGCCCAACGCCAGCCUCCGGCCCAGGGUUCUGUUGAGUCACGCAGCCUGAACUCCACCCAGGAAGUCCUCCAGGCUCCUCCUCACAACCACCCAUUAUGGCUAUUCCCCACCCUCACCCCGGAAUUAUCUACUUUAUAAAGCAACCCUUGUCAUGAGAGGGAACACGGAACAGCUGUCAACUGUGUGGAUACUGGAGCUGGAUUAAAGAAACCCGUUGCCAUCAAAUCGACUCCUACUGGCAACCCCACGUGUUGCAGAGCAGAACUGUGCUACACAGGGUUUUCAAUAGCUAUAACCUUUCGGAAGUAGACCACCAAGCCUCUCUUUUGAGGAGCCUCUGGGUAGAUUUGAACCACCAACCAUUCGGUUAGUAGUUGAACACUCAACUGCGCUACCCAGGGGCUCUGUGUAAAGCUAGGGUUUGUAUUUUAUUUCCAAUCUAAAUCCCAAAGCUGCCAGGGCUGUGCUGGCGCUUGUGGUUCAAUACUGCCUGAAUGUUGGGGGGCCGAGGAUAUCCUGAUCCCUCUUCCGAGGCUUAACCACGUCUGAGCCACCCAUCCCCCUCAGGCUAAGGACAAUGAGGCUGCUGUCCUCCUCAAAUGUGUGACAGGCCCUGCUCACUGACACGCCCUUGCUCACAGUCCCUAGGGACUUGGCUACCUGAAAAACUAAAGAUUUCAUUGUACAGCCUGUUAGACCAUAUACAAAAGGGUUCGAUAAAUCUGUCCCUUUUCACCUAACCAUUUCUCUUCUAAAAAUACAGAAAAAACAGCCAGAGAUUAUUUAUGUAAAAGGGCAACCAACAGAACACUACUUACAGCAGUGUCAAGAAACAACAACAAAAAAACCCAGUUAACUAUGUAAACCUGCGUCAGUGGGGAAAAGUUAAACACAACAUCUGUACUACACUCAGGGCUGCCAAACAGCUAUUUUUGGUUCGAUUGCUGAGAAUUUGCAUUUUGACCCCAGAUAUACUGAAUCAGAAUAAAUAAAUAAAUAUAUAUAUAUAUAUACACACACACACACACACACACACAUAAAAUUUAGUAUAUCUGAGGUGGAAAUGCAAAUUUUCAGAAGGGGUUGAACCAAAAAUAACCAGUUCGAAGCCCUGUUUACAUCAUACAAUAGGGUAUGCAGCAAAGACAAUUACGUGAAAAAUGAACAUACCUAGGUUUGCCAAAAGAAAAAAAGGGAGGAAGCAGGAGCCCAAAGUCUAAUCCCAGCGUUGAUUCAUUUUUACACAUACGUAUUCUCAAACAAGUGAAUACAUUUAGAAAAAAGUCCAGAGAGGAAUACACCAAAGUAAGGAUAGGGAUGAAUCUUGGAGUGUAGAACCACAGGUCAUUUUAAUGCUAUUCUUUCUACUUUUCUUGGAUAUUCCAAAAUAAGAUCCAAAAAAUUUUUUCAAAAUUAAACAAAUACAUUUUAAAAAAUCCAAGAGGCAAAAGGAUUGGAACUUUUCAUUGUGAGUGAGUGGAGGGAUGAUGGGUAGCUGUAGAAAACCUGGCAGAUGUACAAUUCGGUUGAACAGACUGGCGUGGGUGGGUCCCAGGAGUGAGUACAGCAGGUUGGGUAGGAUGUGGAGACCUGGCGAGGGCCCUUCAGUGCCAACUGUGGCCAGUGUCACUGCCCAGGCCUGCCCACUGUCUGUAUCUUCAAGGAAAACCAGGAAUCAAGUUUUGUCUUUUUUUAGUGUAAAAUCUCCAAAUAUUUUAAUGUUGGCAACUAACUAGGAAAAAAAAAAAAUUAGACACUGUUGGCCAAAGAACCUGGAGGCUACUAUUU